AUGACUUACAACAAUCCUGCUUUCCCGGUUUUCGUCUUGACAUUUGGAUCUUUUGUGCUACUCAUCCUGAUUACAUUUUCGGUGCCGUUCGUAUCGUCAUUCUAUUUCCUGCACUCCUCCAUCGCGGGGGGAGUCAGGUUCGGCCUCUGGGGCUGGUGUCUCGACGAUGACACGCUCUGCAUUAGCCCGGUAAAACUAGGCUUCGACUGGAACCCUCAGAUCGUCCAUGGGCUAACUUACCUUCUCGUAUUCUACCCUAUCUCGGCUAUCUUCGCAUUCUUCGCCACGCUUGCGCUGAUCCCGCUGCUCUGCACGCGCGCGAUACGGCUGCACAGUUUCCCUAUAUACUCAUUGCUCAUGGUCGCCGCAGCCUUCACGGCGUUUCUUGCGUUCAUCUGUAUGAUCGCAUUGUUCGUCAUUGCGAUGAACCGCUUUCACGCGGCAGGGUAUGCUGCACGCCUUGGUCCUGCGGUCUGGAUGUCGCUGGUGGCGACGAUCAUACUGAUAGUUAUGAGUUUUAACUCGGGGUGUGGCACGCUGCUGGGCGAGAGCUUUGCAGCGCGACCGUCGCGGUAUCCGUACGCGGAGUCUGUGGCAUAA